CAGUCGUAUAGACAGAAGAGUUUGGGUCCACCAAACAAUACGGAGCCUGACACAGCGAAAGCCUGAAGGUGUUUGAGCACUAAGUGUCCCAGCCUUCACCUGUGCGCCUGUCCCUAUCAGCUACUGCACAGCACGUCAGCCAGUGAUACAACACAGGCAGAACUUUGCACUGUCCUGUCGGAUUACUGCGCCUGCAACUUCACACGAUCCCUCAAGGUGAAUGAUGAGGUCAUCUCUCACAGUUGCCAUUGUGACGCUGAUGGUCGCGACACUCCUCCUAGUGGCGGAAGAGGGCACAGCGAGGCGCGUGCCCCGUGUGAAGCGGCAGCUGAUCAGCCCCCUACACCGCAGUGGCAUCCGCGAUCCAUUCGGCUCCUACUGCGAGCUGCGGGGGGGCUGCUGCCCAGGCAGAGAUGACCAGUGCACAGUGCCGUACCUGGACACCAUCUGCUAUUGCGACCUCUUCUGCAACCGCACCGUAUCUGACUGCUGCCCUGACUUCUGGGGACACUGCCUUGGGAUCGAGGCCCCCAUCAUUGGGGCCUGUCAACGAAAUGGACACAAGUUCCACUCUGGGGCCACAUACAGAGAGAACUGCAAUCUGUGUACGUGCGCGUCCACCGGCCGCUGGGAAUGCGAGCAGCACGCCUGCCUGAUCGAGAACGACAUGAUCCAGCGCAUUAACCAGGGGAAUUAUGGCUGGAGGGCAGGGAACUACAGCCAGUUCUGGGGCAUGACACUGAAUGAGGGAAUGCGGUACCGCCUUGGCACCCAGUGGCCAUCCCGGACCAUCAUGAGCAUGAAUGAGAUCCAGGUGAAAAUGGACGGCUCCGACCACCUCCCGCGCUACUUCAACGCCAGCCAGAAGUGGCCCGGCAAAAUCCAUGAGCCGCUGGAUCAGGGCAACUGUGCAGCUUCCUGGGCCUUUUCUACUGCGGCUGUAGCCUCAGACCGAAUCUCCAUCCAGUCCAUGGGUCACAUGACCCCUCAGCUGUCACCCCAGAAUCUAAUUUCUUGCGACACUCGUAGCCAGGGGGGCUGUGCGGGGGGCCGCAUCGACGGGGCCUGGUGGUACCUGCGCCGCAGAGGGAUAGUGACAGAGGAGUGUUACCCAUUCUCACCGCCCCAGCACAUCCCCGCGGAGGCCAGCCGCUGCAUGAUGCACAGCCGCUCGGUGGGGCGGGGCAAACGCCAGGCCACCGCCCACUGCCCCAACACGCACAGUUACCAUAACGACAUCUACCAGUCGACACCCCCAUACCGGCUUGCCACCAGUGAGAAGGAGAUCAUGAAGGAGAUCAUGGAUAACGGACCAGUACAAGGCAUCAUGGAAGUACACGAGGACUUUUUCGUCUACAAGUCUGGAAUCUACCAGUACACAGACGUCAACUCCCACAAGCCAGUGCACUUCCGCAGGCAUAACACCCACUCCGUCAGGAUCACUGGAUGGGGAGAGGAGAGGGAUUACAAUGGGCACCCACGGAAGUACUGGAUUGCUGCCAACUCCUGGGGGAAGACCUGGGGUGAGGAUGGCUUCUUCCGCAUCGCACGUGGGGAGAACGAGUGCCAGAUCGAGGCCUUUGUGAUUGGCGUGUGGGGCCGUGUCACCAUGGAGGACAUGCACAACCACCACCAUUAGUGCCAACAGCACCCCCUGCUGGUCCAACCAUGGCGUUGCCAUCGCCACGCUCAGCGCAACCUUUAUGUGCACAAGCCUUACAGCUGCCCAUGCACAAUCUACUGUCAAUCAACCUGCCAACUUGAGGACUCACCAAUAAACUGCUCAGGAUUCACUCUGCCAAAGAUGACACACUCUUACCUUGUGGACACUUUUUUUAUUGUAUUACAGUCAAAGCAAAAACGAGCCACAAAACUCUUCAUACCUGAUCCUCUUUAGUGGGAGUCUGAGUGACCUGCAGUUUCCCCUUUUUACUCUUGUUUUAUAUAUAUAUAUAUAUAUUUUUUUUUUUUUUCGGUUAUAGGCAGUAGGUAGGCUGGAGCUGAAAAGCCAGCAGUCAAACACUGUAGGAACUAUCAGCAAGAACUAACCUGAACACUGUGCGUCAAUUGUACGCUGUGCGUGUCGCCUAGAUAACAUUUGCUCACUGUUUGCUCAUAUCUCCUCCACUGGAUUUCUCCCUGUCGCUCCAUAACACCUACAGGCCAAAACAUUAAGCGCGUUACAUUCCAGCUGUGCAGAUACCGUUUUUGGAGGAACUGUAUCGUAUCAGAUGGCAAGGGUACGGAUCUAAAAUCCAGCAGGCAGCCCUAACCCAUACCGGCUCUCAUUUCAGAACCAAGGAAUUGUGGCACUAAAUAUUGUACCACUAAAACAACUUAAUUCAUUAGACAGUCCUAAUAUUUAUAUUUGAUAGCAUUUGUGCUUUAGAAAUGUGUCUGUGAACAGAAAAUAGAUGAUUAUGCCUAAAAUAUAUGUUUUCUAUAUUAGGGCUGCCACAAUUAACUCGCAUGUAACGUUGAUCCAGCUUUUUUAAUUCGGACUGCUGUAUUACACACACAGACACACACAAUUAUCUGUACUGCGGAAUGAAAUAAGAACAUACAGAAUGUAUCAUUUCUAAUGCAAGCAUACAAAUAUUUAUGAAAUACAAUAUUAUUUAUACUCUAUGAUCCUGCCUAGAAUAAUCACCUGGAAGAUGGAUGGAUGGAUGGAUCCAUGGAUGGAUGGGAUAUUAUUUUUGUCACCACUAGAUAAAUGGACAAAUUAGCAAAGCUAGUCCGAAAUCUGAACAUUUAAUCUGCUUCCGGAAAGCUCUUCCUUUGUAACUCAAAAAGUGCUUUUAUUGCAAUAACAAGUUUGGACUUUUUUUCUGAUCUACGCCACCUUCUGCUUGAGUAGCACUGCUGAUUAAAAUGCCUUCAUAUCUAAGCGAAGAUGCCAGACAAGAAUAAUCUUUGGGUUUGGCUUCCAGAGGUCGAAGUUUAAAUGCUAUUGUAUUACAGCCUUAAUAUAUUUAUUUGUCUAUAUAUCAUGUUAUUCCUAGUUAUGUCUGAUUGUUGUUUUUGUUAUGCUGAAGUGUUUUAAGGGCUCUGGAUUUUCCAUCUGGCUGAGAAUGCAGUCAGCACUCUCUUCUGUAUCUCCCAGUGGCUUUGAUGUUGCAUGAUGCUCAACCUGGAGGAGCGAAAAGGAGUAAAACCCAAAAUAUUCAGGGCUGAAGGUGGUAUCAGACGUGCACUAGGCAGCACUUCAGCAAACUUCCUCUCUGUGGUGCCCUCUUUGGGACAGGCAUGUAGCCAACACCUUGAAACCACAUCCCUGGGAAGUAAUCUGGUUGUCAGCUGGCCUCUGGUUGUCAGAGUCAUUGUCAUCCAUCAACUCUCACUCACAGGCCACAGACCCUGUAGACAGCCCAGCAUGUCGAAGGCCUCGAUUGCCUGCACUUCAGUAUUAGCGCGAGGGCUAGGCUAGCCAUGCAUGCAGUCUCAGGAAGACACGAAUGUGAACGUUUAUACGCUAAUGGGUACUGAGGUCCCAUUGCUAACAUAACAUCAGAGCCCUAAAUCCCCGUUGGUGAGUGAGGGUACUCUGCGGCCACCAAAACGGGCAGCAGGGGGCAGGCAGUGAACGGCACCUGGAGUCUCAGUGCCUUCUGGUUAGUGUAACGUCCUUGCAGAGUGCAGUGGGGGUGGGAGAGGCCGGUGAACGGGGCACUGGAGGAGAUGGGAGGGUGGGGUCAGAGUACUGGAGCGUCCAAAGGCAUUUCAUUAGGCGGAGGUGUUGUGCACCCACCCACUCCAGUGACUUUCUUACAGUUUCCUUCCUACUUUUGCCAUUUUUAAUGAAUGUUGCAGAUGUGGGACUUCCAAAUAAAGCAGUACAAAGGGCAUCUUCCUAACAAACAGGCACAGUGGGCCCUAAUACAACAAUGGCCUCCCACUGGGGUUUGUGCUUUUAGCUCGGCGAGCGAUUAGCGGCAAGCAGGCCGCAGCUAUCCAGGACAGUUUACCGAUAUAUUUCUUAUUUAAAAUAACGCAUUUGUAUCAACAUUUUAAAACAUGUAAAUGUACAACCAAAACAAGGAUAAAAUCCAAGCCACAUAAAAGAGGUUUGGUGGAAUGAAACAAAUGGUGACUGUGUCCUCGUCUGCAGAUGGGACACUGAAGGAGUAACAUGCUGUGAAAGGAAGCACUUUGAUUUUGCUCAAGUUGUAGUUGUAGCUUCCAUUACCCUUGGUUUGUAUCGCUCGUGCAGCAUUGCAUUGUGGGUAGCCAUUCGAGGGCGUUUGCUGGACAUGGUUUGCGAACUGCUGUCCUUUCUAAACCGCUAAUGUCCAUUUCAAGCGGUGGAGGUCCCACCAUAGGGUGGCAGUGUGUGACUCAGGUUAGCAUGCUCUACUUGUCUCAGAAGGUCGCUGGUUCAAAUCCCAGUGUCAGCAGGAUGAUGUCAUCAUGGGAGACCUGAGUGAGGCCCUUAACCUUUUGGAUAAAAGUAUCUUCUAAAUAAAUAAAAAAUGUCGGCCACAGGCUACUGCUCCUCCCCAA